AUGGCGGAAGAACUCUACGAUGGUGCCAUUGGCAUCGAUCUCGGCACUACCUACUCUUGCGUUGCCAUCUAUGAGGGCACCAAUGUUGAGAUCAUCGCCAACGAGCAGGGUUCCUUCACCACCCCCUCCUUCGUCAGCUUCAAUGAGAAGGAGCGGUUGAUUGGUGAAGCCGCCAAGAACCAGGCUGCCAUGAACCCCCGGAACACCGUCUUCGACGUCAAGCGUCUUAUCGGCCGCCCCUUCGAUGACCCUGAUGUCAAGAAGGAUAUGGAGUCUUGGCCUUUCAAGGUCAUUGACGACAAUGGCUCCCCCAGAGUCGAGGUCGACUACCUCGGCGAGACCAAGUCUUUCUCCCCCCAGGAGAUCUCUGCCAUGGUCCUCACCAAGAUGAAGGAGAUUGCCGAAACCAAGCUCGGUAAGAAGGUUGAGAAGGCCGUCAUCACCGUGCCCGCCUACUUCAACGACAACCAGCGUCAGGCCACCAAGGACUCCGGUGCCAUCGCCGGCCUGAACGUCCUCCGUAUCAUUAACGAGCCCACUGCCGCCGCCAUCGCCUACGGUCUCGGCUCUGGCAAGUCUGGCAAGGAGCGCAACGUCCUCAUCUACGAUCUCGGUGGCGGUACCUUCGAUGUGUCCCUGCUGAACAUCCAGGGCGGUGUCUUCACCGUCAAGGCCACCGCGGGUAACACCCACUUGGGUGGCCAGGAUUUCGACACCAACCUGCUCGAGCACUGCAAGAAGGACUUCCAGCGCAAGACCAAGAAGGACAUCUCCGAUGACCCCCGCGCUCUCCGUCGUCUGCGGACGGCUUGCGAGCGUGCCAAGCGUACCCUGUCCAGCGGUGCCCAGGCCACCAUCGAGAUCGACUCGCUCUUCGACGGCGAGGACUUCCAGAUGCAGAUCACCCGUGCCCGUUUCGAGGAGCUCAACGCCAAGGCCUUCUCCGGCACCCUGGAGCCGGUGGCCCAGGUGCUGAAGGACGCCAACAUGGACAAGAGCGUCGUCGAAGAGAUUGUGCUUGUCGGUGGCUCCACCCGUAUCCCCCGCAUCCAGAAGCUCCUGUCCGAGUUCUUCGACGGCAAGAAGCUGGAGAAGAGCAUCAACCCCGACGAGGCCGUCGCCUAUGGUGCCGCCGUCCAGGCCGGUAUCCUCUCCGGCAAGGCCACCUCGGCCGAGACCGCCGACCUCCUCCUCCUCGACGUCGUUCCCCUCUCUCUCGGUGUUGCCAUGGAAGGCAACAUCUUCGCGCCCGUCGUCCCCCGCGGCCAGACCGUCCCCACCAUCAAGAAGCGCACCUUCACCACUGUCGCCGACAACCAGCAGACUGUCCAGUUCCCCGUGUACCAGGGUGAGCGUGUUAACUGCGAGGACAACACCUCGCUCGGUGAAUUCACCCUGGCUCCUAUCCCCCCCAUGCGUGCUGGUGAGGCCGUUCUCGAGUGUGUCUUCGAGGUUGAUGUCAACGGCAUCCUCAAGGUCACCGCGACGGAGAAGACCUCGGGCCGCAGCGCCAACAUUACCAUCUCCAACUCGGUCGGCAAGCUGUCGUCCACUGAGAUUGAGCAGAUGAUCACCGAUGCCGAGAAGUUCAAGACCAACGACGAGGCCUUCAGCAAGAAGUUCGAGGCCAAGCAGCAGCUCGAGUCGUACAUUGGCCGGGUUGAGGAGAUCAUCUCCGACCCCACUCUGUCCCUGAAGCUGAAGCGCGGCCAGAAGGACAAGAUCGAGCAGCAGGUCAGCGAGGCCAUGGCCAAGCUCGAGAUUGACGACGCCUCGGCCGAGGAACUUAAGAAGCAGGAGCUCGCCCUGAAGAGGCUCGUCACCAAGGCCAUGUCGGCCCGAUAA